UCUUAUAUAAUGCCAAUGGUUUCUGUACGCUCACAUAGACUUUCCACAGAAAUACGGUCUAUUUUAUGCUCUUACUCGACAUCACUCAAAUCUGACAAGACUGUUAUCACCAUGAAAUUCUUGGCUCUGGCGUUGCUGCUCUGCAGUCUGCCCUCACUGUCAAAUGGGGCUUGUGGGUCAUGGCUUCCACACUCUGACUGGACGACCCAUUGUCAGGAUCCUGUGGAUAAGACAUGGCAUGCCAUAGGAUCUAAAUGGAGAAACAGUCGAUGUAUGGACUGCACUUGUAAUAGAUGUUGUGAUGCAUAUUCCACCCCCAGCCAGUUCCCUAAUGACUGUGUGUCAGUGUUUGACUCAGAGGCAUGUGUAUACAGAGUGCACAAGCGGGACGACCCAACAGUAGAAUGUCCAAUUUUUGGAUCAGUGGGGAAGUGAUGCAGUCAUUGUUUUGAGGCGUCUGAGGUGGGGUGUGUGGGGGGGGGGUUGCACAA